AUGUCUAUCGUAGCGAUCUGUGACUCGGCGAGGAUAUUGAUAGUGUUCUCGACGCACUGGGUUAGCCACCAAGCGGUAUUUCGUCCUGUCAUCCUAGAACUCGUGAGAAGAGGUCACAAGGUCACGUCGAUCACGGCACAACCGAUUUUCAAAAAUAGAAAAUUCGAUAAUUUUAUAGAAAUAGACGUCUGUAACGUAUCGAAGCAUGUCGCAGAUGAUCUGGUGGGGAACAAGCUGAAACUAGCUAAAGAUGUUGUCUCUCAGUACGAGGAGACCUGGAAAGCUCUGAGUAACAAUUUCAAACACCAAUUGUAUUCUGAUGAGGUCAAAAAGUUAGUUGCGAACGGCAUGAAGUUUGAUGUGAUCUUAACGGAGCUAUGUGCACGGUCGAACAUCAUAUUGGGGUACAUAGCCGAUGCGCCCGUCAUAGAAGUUAGCUCUUUUGGCAGUUUCAUAGAUACCACUGAGACUAUCGGGUCGGUGACUCAUCCAGCGCUCUACCCGCUGGCGUUUCGUGAAAAUUACGGAAGCGAGACAAUACUCGGCCAGAUGUCAGAAGUGUACAAACACUAUAAGGUGCUACGGGGUUAUCAGAACUACGAAGUAGAAGAGAACGAGAUGCUAAAGAGACGAUUCGGAAACGACGUUCCACCGAUAAGUGAGAUAAGGAAAAAGUACGUUCAGGCGACGUUCCUGAACGUGGUUCCCAUUUGGGACUCGAAUCGCCCGGUUCCGCCUAAUCUCAUAUAUAUAGGGAGUUUGCCUAACUACGUCCCCAAAGAACUACCGCACGAUUUGAAAGAGUUUCUCGAUGCAUCCGAGCAUGGAGUAAUUUACAUGAGCUUCGGGACCAGCUAUCCGACGGAGUUAUUAAAAUGCGACACAGUAAACGCAAUAGUAAAAGCCUUUACGCACCUUCCGUAUUCCGUCGUUUGGAAAUGGGACGAUGUCAAUAUGCGGUUACCAGAAAAAAUUAGACUAUACAAAUGGGUACCUCAAGCGGACUUGCUUAGGCAUCCGAACGUAAAACUAUUCAUAACGCAAGCCGGAUUACAUUCGACGGAUGAUGCUAUUCAGGCCGGGGUCCCAAUGCUGGCGAUACCCUUGGCGUGGGACCAGUCCCUGAAUGCCCACAAGCAUAGGGAGCUGGGACUCGGUAUUACGUUGGAGCCUAAAAACGUCUCUGAAGGCAAUCUCGUGAAGGCAAUUCAGGCGAUCAUUGAGGACGACAGGUACCGCCGUAACGUGAAAACAGUUCUUGAAGCAAUGCGCACGGCACCAAACUCUUCGUUGGGCAGAGCUGUCUCGUGGAUCGAGUUCGUGGCCCUGCACAAGAAUCUGACGUAUCUGAAAACAACUGCUGCCGUUUUGACGUGGAGGGAAUAUUACGAAUUGGAUCUAUUUAUUCAGUCUACAUCUGUGUUAACGAAAAUCGUACAAGCUACAUUCGGGAGUGAAUAUGUUGAUGAGUCAAAGACGAAGCCCUCGAACAACUAUCGGGGCGUCAUAACCGCGUUAUUGGUGGGCGGCGGAGGUGGAAGCGGUCGCGCCUCCGCCGUGGGCCCACUGUGCGCGCGUGGCUGUCGCGUGGCUGUCGCACGCCUAAAGUUCAACUUACAAAAAGGGUCUAGACCAUCUUACGUGUUAAAAGAGCACAUGCACCAACUAGCAAAUGCAACUUACAACAAACCAGGACCUGUUGAUAUGGAGGAUCGGCAUUAA